CUCCGUUGACCAUAAAAAAAGAAUAGCACAGCGGGGGAGAAUAGUAAUGAGUCUAGUUACUUUCUUUGUCUCAAUGUGAAUAUAAGAAUGCUCCAUAGAUGCCAUGAGAUAUUUAUAAGAGGCAGGACGCAAUAACGAUGAAUGUCUGUGGUUUAACACAUUGAGGAUUUGAGGAUUUGUACUGUGCGAAGUAAAUGGGCAGAAAUAGGUCUAACAUCACCUGGCUACCGCGUCACUUCAUUUCAUCCCAUCCUUUUCUUCUAAUCAUCCUUUUCUUGGACACGCAACCCUUACUCUACUUAAUCCCUCAUCUAACUUUUAUAGAUGCCCUCAAUCUCUUUUUGCAUUCGAAAUGCCUAAUCUUGACGAGCUUAUUAGCCUUCCAGAGUUAUUUGAGCCUCUUGCUCAAUAUCUCGAACGACCUAGCAUUGUAUCCUGUAUCCGUGUUUCGAAACGAUGGCAUCGCUCCUUUUUUCCGGUCCUUUGGCGCACCAUUGGGCGUCAACUGCCUGAAGACUUCUCUAAACAUGGACAUCUUGUCCAGAAGUUGGAUCUAUCCAUUGACAGUUGGUCUUCCUCUCAAUAUCUGAGCAUCAGCAAAUACUGCACUCAUCUCCGAGACCUGAGGCUAGAUUUCUUUACAGAACCAACCCCGGAUGGAGUCAGUCAUUUCUUCAGACCAGAACCAGAAAAUGGCUUCGUGGGCAAUCACACCAAGACUCUAGAGAUCAAGUUUUGCAAGACUUUCCCUUUGGGACUUGUGGUACCAUGGAUAUCAUAUGUGAAGUCGACAGGGUAUCUGCAAAACCUUCAGCAUUUCAGGAUCGGGAGCGGCCAAUCUUCUUCUCCUGGACAGCAUGUCCGAAUGAAGGAUAUGAUAGAGUUUUUGCACCUGUUUCCUAGUCUCAAAACACUACGUUUGCAAGAUGUUCCGUUGAUAGAAUUGUCCCUGGGUUCUCCCCAAGGGUUUGAGACUGAAGAAGCGGAGAUUUCAAAUCUAGAGGAGUUAGAGUUUAUCCCUCAUGAUUACCAGGCCCUCUCUCGUGUGCUACAAAGAACGCCCCAUCUUCGCCGGCUCUGUAUUCAAAUGUUGUAUGACCCGGAGAUAUUACCACUUAUCCAGAGACUCUGCUCUGAAUUAGAAACUUUUCAAUUCAGAGACAUUUGGAAGACGGAAGAUCGAAGGAUGGGAGGUCGAAGGAUGGAAGGCCCAGAACCGGAUUGGUCAUUGUUCUUGUCAGCGUAUCCGGGUAUGCAGGCCCUGUUAUUCAGCAACACAAUUGUCAGUGACCAGACCGCCUAUACGAUUGCGACCACCUGCCGGAAUCUCAAGUCGCUCAAAGUAUAUCGGGGCACCAAAAUCAGCACUGAUGGUCUGCUCAAGAUCCUAAAGUCUUGCCCAUCCUUGCAGAUUCUCCACUGUAUGACUAAUUCUUAUACAGGAGAUUUGUUUAGCGAGACCAACCCUUGGGUAUGUUAUGAAUCAUUGGAGGAACUCAAGGUGUUUAAUGUCUUCCUGAAGGAACCUGAGGAGAAUAUUGCGUUCCGAACCAGGAUCCGAGAGUUGAAACGACUUGAAUUGCUUAGCAUAAGUGGUAAAGGUUUCAAGAUAGAGUCGCUGGUGAGCAAAGAAGAUGUGUCCAUGGUGCAAUCACAGCUACACGAGACUUCAACUGCAGCUUCCGCACCUCCAGAAACCACCCCGAUGUUGACUACAGAAGCGACACAAUGGCGUCUGGGGGUCAUUGUGAUGCCUUCGCUUGAGGACGGACCGAUCACGAUGCUGCAGCUCAGGACAAUAUUAACAACGAUGCCUCGAGUCCAAUCAAUCAAUUUUAAUAGUGCGUAUAGUAGGGAUGCGAUGAUUUGGUUGCAGCAGUAUCGACCAUACCUAGAAAUAGGAUUCUUAUGGUAGUAAGAGACAACAAGUACGGGUGAGAGGAAGGACGUAUUUUAUGGAUUGAGCUGUUUAUUUCUGUUUACGUGUAUGUAGUUCAUGG